AUGGAAAAAGAAGUAGAAAUAAGAAAUACUAUUCUUUUUAAAAAGAUAAUUAAAUCAGUAUCGGUUAGAGAGAUUCACUAUGUUGCUUUAAUGAGAAAUUCAUUAAGAUGUGAUUGGCAAGAUCUCGCUUGCUUUCCAGAGGAGUUGAUUCGAUAUAAGUGUUUCGAUAGAUAUAAGAGCGUGUUAAACUAUUUGAUUAUCAAUCAAACAUCGAUUGAACAGAGACUAUUCGAUGACUAUAUCGAUGCCUAUAUACAAUCACUCUCAACAGCAGCAACCCAAGGCAAUACAGAUUUAAUAGAGUUUCAUUCUACGAUGCCGCUAUUAAAUAUGGCCAUUUGGCAACCCAUUGAAUUUCUUCAUGCCACUAAGAAGGAUGUGUUCGGUACCAUGGUAUCUGUUUCGUCUAUGGAUGCUGCUGCAAACAAUGGUCACUUCUCAAUAGUAAAGUUUUUACACCACAACCGAACGGAAGCUUGUUCAAAGAUAACGAUGGAUUCCGCCUUCAAAAGAUGUUCAAAAUCAAUGAAAUAA